GGCGGGGGAAGCGGCGGCGGUCGCCACGGCAACGGCGCAGGUUAACUUCCGGUGGCGUCACGGCAACAGCCGGAAGUUGCUUCCGGAAGUGCUGGUCAGGAGGCGCCUCCGGGCAACAUGUCCGACAACGAGGACAACUUUGACGGGGAUGACUUCGAUGAUGUGGAGGAGGAUGAGGGUCUGGAGGACCUGGAGAACGCGGAGGAGGAGGGACAGGAGAACGUGGAGAUUCUGCCCUCGGGAGAGCGGCAGCAGGCAAACCAGAAGCGCAUCACGACCCCCUACAUGACCAAGUACGAGCGAGCCAGAGUCCUGGGCACUCGUGCCCUGCAGAUAGCGAUGUGUGCCCCUGUGAUGGUGGAGCUGGAAGGAGAGACAGACCCCUUGCUCAUUGCCAUGAAAGAACUCAAAGCACGCAAGAUCCCCAUAAUCAUCCGUCGUUACCUUCCAGAUGGGAGCUAUGAAGACUGGGGUGUGGAUGAGUUAAUUAUCACAGACUGAUCAGAUUCCAGCUGUUGUUUUUGGUUUUGCAUUCCCAGAGAUGUUUCUAAUUUUGGUUAGUGUUUGUGUAAAUAAAUUCUAGAUCUCCCUAUUUUAAAUUAAAUGUAUUUGGGUUUUUUUGCCCUCUGA